AUAUUAAAUAUAUGAAAGAGCCUGUACACGUGUAGAAGUGUGUGCAAAGUUAAAUAUAUGAGAGACAGAAAUAUUGUUGGAAAAAAUAAAAUUAAAAAAGGAUAGUGGUAGUGGUUCACAUCAUUUUGAAACCUGUCCGGGUAUUCCCGACUCAUCCGCGAUGGGGCGGGUAUUACUUGAGCCACAGUAACGUGGGGCGGGGCAUGGGUAUCUACUUCCGACUUGCCUCAUUUUUAGCCUAUUAUAUCUCAAUUCCUUACAAUAUCUAUUCAUAUUUCUCAUAUUUAGACUUUUCUUUAACAAGUUAGAUUUGAUCUUUGAACUAGUUAGACUCAAUUACCUAUUAUAUUAUCACUAUUUUCAUCCUUAAAAUCCUUAAAGUGUUUUCUCUCCAUUUUAUAAAAAAAGUAAAAUUUACAUAUAUUUUUUUCAAAUAAUAAAUAGAAAGAGUUGGUCGCCCCGCCCGUUACCCGCAUGAUAUUACCCGCUGCAACCCAUUAUAACGUGGGACAAGACAUGAAUAUUGAGGUACCGAUCUCACCUCUCCCCAUUUCCAUCACUACUCACAUCGCCGUCGCUAAAAUCCAUCGCUGAUGUUCCUCUCAAAAAUCACACUCCCCAACGCAUAAACUAGUUGAUCAUCCUUUUGGCGGUAAUCGCAUUCGUAACGGAACAGCCUCUCCAUAACUACCUGUCGCUUUCUCACUCGAUCCGACGGCCCUAGCUCUCACCACGUGUCGGAUCCUCACUCGUUCGACCGCUAGCCUCCACUUCGGCAAAAAUAUAUUGCGGGAAAAUGUUCAACACCUACUCCACACCCAAUCGAAUCCCUUUUCUUCCUCUUCUCCAGAUCUCUCGCUCUGUCUCUGGAUCUGAAUCUUAGCGGCUAAAAGGGAGUGUCCUCCGCCGCCGUUUCGGCAAUGGGGACCGAGAUAUCCGAAUCCCUGCUCCUGGACUCUGGCGAGGCGACCAAGGUCGCCGGCGGUGACAUCCCAACCGAGCAGGUACCGGAAUGGAAGGAGCAGAUCACCAUCCGAGGCCUGGUCGUGAGCGCGCUGCUGGGUGGACUGUUCUGCGUCAUCACGCACAAGCUCAACCUCACGGUCGGAAUCAUCCCCUCGCUGAACGUCGCCGCCGGGCUACUCGGGUUCUUCUUUGUCAAGUCCUGGACUGGAGUAAUGUCCAAAUUAGGGUUCACCGUUGUUCCGUUCACCAAGCAGGAGAACACGGUGAUCCAGACUUGUGUUGUCGCUACUUACGGCCUCGCCUUCAGUGGUGGAUUUGGAUCCUACUUGAUUGCUCUGGACGAGAAGACUUAUGAACUGAUUGGUAAGGACUAUCCUGGAAACCGGGCGCAAGAUGUAAUGAACCCUGGAUUAGGAUGGAUGAUUGGGUUUAUGUUUGUGGUCAGCUUUCUCGGGCUCUUUAGCCUGGUUCCACUCCGCAAGGUUAUGGUUAUGGAUUACAAGCUUACUUAUCCAAGUGGGACUGCUACGGCGAUGUUGAUCAAUAGUUUCCAUACAGAUACUGGAGCAGAGCUAGCUGGUAAGCAAGUCAAGUGUCUUGGGAAGUACUUGAGCAUGAGUUUUGUCUGGAGCUGCUUCAAGUGGUUCUUCAGUGGUGUUGGAGACUCGUGUGGAUUUGACAACUUCCCUAGUCUUGGUCUGACACUUUUCAAGAACUCGUUUUACUUCGACUUUAGUCCUACUUAUGUUGGAUGCGGUCUUAUUUGUCCACACAUAGUUAACGUCUCCUGUCUUUUGGGAGCUAUCAUCUCUUGGGGCUUCCUGUGGCCCUUCAUCUCUGAGAAAGCUGGUGACUGGUAUCCAGCUGACCUCGGUAGCAAUGAUUUCAAGGGCCUUUAUGGAUAUAAGGUCUUCAUAUCUAUUGCUAUUAUUCUCGGGGAUGGACUCUAUAAUCUAGUUAAAAUUAUUUAUGUUAGUACCAAGGAAUUGCUGAACAAAAGCACCAAAGAGCACAAGCUUCCUGUCAUCACCGAGAUUCAAGAUGACGAGACUUCAAAAGUGCUACUAGAGCAAAAACAGAGAGACACUGUAUUUCUAAAAGACAGAAUCCCCUCCUGGUUCGCUGCAUCAGGGUAUGUCUGCUUAGCAGCAAUCUCAAUCGCAACAAUGCCGCUCAUAUUCCCACCUCUCAAAUGGUACCUCGUCCUUGCAUGCUACAUCCUCGCACCAGCUCUCGCCUUCUGCAACUCGUACGGCACAGGCCUAACCGACUGGAGUCUGACCUCCACCUAUGGCAAGAUCGGCCUCUUUGUUGUCGCCUCGAUUAUUGGCCCUAACGGUGGAGUUGUUGGCGGACUAGCUGCCUGUGGUGUCAUGAUGUCAAUUGUCUCGACUGCUGCUGACCUAAUGCAGGACUUCAAAACGGGCUACCUCACUUUAUCCUCCGCCAAAUCCAUGUUCGUCAGCCAGCUGAUCGGAACAGCCAUGGGAUGCGUCAUUGCUCCAUUGACCUUCUUUAUGUUUUGGUCGGCUUUCGAUGUAGGUUCUCCGGACGGACCCUACAAGGCGCCCUACGCAGUCAUAUUCAGAGAAAUGGCGAUACUGGGUGUGGAAGGGCUGUCGGAGCUCCCCAGGAACUGUCUAGCCAUAUGCUAUUUCUCCUUCGCAGCUGCAUUGGUUAUAAACCUUCUCAAAGACAUCACUCCUAAGAAGAUCUCCCAGUUCAUUCCCAUUCCUAUGGCCAUGGCGAUCCCAUUCUACAUCGGAGCUUACUUCGCAGUGGACAUGUUUGUGGGAACGGUGAUACUGUUCGUGUGGGAGCGAGUGAACCGGAAGGAUUCGGAGGACUAUGCAGGAGCUGUUGCCUCCGGGUUGAUAUGUGGCGACGGGAUAUGGACUAUACCAUCGGCUGUUCUUUCGCUGUUGAGGGUUAACCCGCCGAUUUGUAUGUCUUUCGGUCCUGCUUUGAGUCGCUGAGAUUUGACAAAGCUGAAGGGUUAUCAAACUGCUCUCUGGAAUUUACAGUCCAUCAUGUGUUGUAAGCUCAUUUGGUAGGGAAAGAAGCAGUCUCUGGUCUCUUUGAGAGCCUGUACAUGUGUAGAAGUGACUGUAAAUAUCAUGCAAAGCCUAGGAAAACAACAGAUCCUUUGUUGUAUCGUAGUUUUUUUCACUUUUCAGUACAUGUCUCUGGUUUAUCUCAUUAUGUUGAAUCGUUGUUAGGGCCACGAUGCUUCGAUUGAUUUGAUCUUAGGUUUUGAUUUGGGUUUUUAUUGAGUGUGGCUUUCCGUAGGUGUGUAUGAAACCAAAUCGAGGAUUGCCUCUGUUGCUCAAGUUAGUAUAGGGUGUAAUGCUUGGUCUACAGUUAGAAAGACAAGAACAAAUACGUAUUUUGUUGCAGAAAAGGGAAUCGAUUGCUUGGAGGGUUGAUUAAUACGCAAGUCACUGAUACAUAAUACAUAUAAUAAACUUGUAAUGCAAUA